GUUUUGACUCCAUGCUCCGUCCGUGUUGCAGAGGUUCAUCCGCUCCGACAAGGGGCGCUAGUUUUUUUUUUCUUUUUUCUCUUUUUUUUUGUUCCACAGCUCCUCCGUGAGCUGUCCACUUCAGCACCACUAGCAGAGAGCGGAGACACCGAGGAAGAGGAAAAGACUGACUGAGAGACACGGCGCACAACAUCAGCACCAGCACCGAACCCACUCCCAAAACACUGAAGAUAGGCACAGAUUCCCGCAGAUUUUCCGCCACAGCCGCGAGACACAGCUCUGCGCAAAAGAGUCGGUAACCAUGUACGAUGUAGCAAGGGUGCCUUCCCCUAAGGACGGUGCGAAUGGAGUGUCCCAGCCAGUUCUUCCCGGAGCAGGAGCGGCAGCAGCUACAGGAUCCGGGGUGCCUGCGUCGACCGCGGCCUUACAAGCUACGCCCGAUGAGGCACAGCCAGGUACAGAGGAGGAAGAGGAGGAGGAGGAGGCCCAGGCAGAGCCUGUCCUGGUGAAGAAGCCACACAGAGAGAUUCUAGACCAUGAGAGGAAGAGGAGGGUCGAGCUCAAGUGUAUGGAGCUUCAGGAGAUGAUGGAGGAGCAGGGAUACACAGAAGACGAGAUCCGACAGAAAGUGAGCACAUUCAGGCAAAUGCUGAUGGACAAAGAGGGCGUCAUCACCAGAGAGGGCUCCAACACACAGCCAGUGGUAAACCACCUGCAUUAUCCGUCUGACGAGUACGAAGACGAUCCUGAGUUGACAAGGUAUGAAGACGGAGAGUGUGGCCGUGAUUACAGCAGAGUGAAGAGGAAAUCGAGCAGCUCGCCUUCCCCUCGCCCAAAGAAAAGGAAGAAGAAGAAAUCUGGCCGCAGAAGGAGCAGGUUUGGCAGCUCCUCGCCCACGCGCAGAGAGAAGAAGAAAAAGAGUGGGAAGAAACACAAGCGAGACAGAUCUGCGUCUGGCUCCCGGAAGAAGAGGAGAUACAGAUCGGGCAGCCCCAAGAACAAACACAAAGACAAGACUAAGCAGAAAAAGAGGUCCCCUGGUGAAACCCCGGGUAGGAGUUCACAGCGUCAAGGCAGCUGUUGCAGUUCCCGUAGCGCCUCCCUGUCCUCCACUCGCAGCACCUCCAAAUCUCCUGCGAGACUAAACUCCAAGCACAAGACUGAUGAUCCAAAGGUGUCCGGGACCUCGCUGUCCACUGGUCCCCACAGCCUCACCACGUGGCACAACGGGGACCACACCCAGCGAAGCCGCAACGGCAAGGCCGGCAGACUCAACCACGCUGACGGCGAGAAAGGGAGCGAUAAGCUCCAUCUGUUGACUGCUGCCUCUGCAAGCAUCCAGUCCAGUACUCUGCUGAGAGAGCACAAGCUCCACAGCGCCCCCAGCAGGAGCCAAACGGGACCAACGUGUGCAGCAGGAGAGGCUGGGAGUGUGGACGGCAGGAAUGCAGCUGUAGGGAGCUCCGUUUCCCAGACGACUGGGAGGAGAGGGAGCCAGAGAGGCCAGAACAAGAGCUCCCACUCCCCGGCUCACAGCAGCGACUCAGCCCAUUCCCUGCACAACCACACUCACAGAGGGAGGAACUCCCGUCACCAGAAAAAGACGAAAGGAGGCCACUCCUCCAAGCGUCACCACCGCACCAGCCGCGGUCAGGCGCACCAUCGGAGCCCGUCGGCAUCUCCGGGGCGACACUCGCACACGUCAGCCCGGAAGAAAGAGGAGUCUCGGAGCAAAGCCAACCUCCGACAACGCAGCAGCUCCUGGAGCAGCGGCCGCUCGUCCUCACACUCGGCAUCCAGAGACAGAGGCCCGAGCAAGGCCAAGUCCCCUCACAAUCGACAAAACAACUCCAGAGAGAGGGACAGUCCCAACCGCUCCGACACCGACAGCCGGGCUCGCCGCCGCUCACGCAGCUACUCGCCCAUUCGCAAAAGGAGAAGAGACUCGCCCAGCUUCAUGGAGGCUCGCAGGAUCACCAGUCUUAAAGGUCCUGAUGCCAGGACAACGGGAUGCUGCCGAACUGAGCUGCCGCAGGCUCGUUACCGUGGUAACAGUUGCUGCGCAGCAGGGACCCCUGUAGUCUUGACUCCUGAAACGCGGCUGAACAGCGAAAGUGCUCGAAAGCGGCCGAUCCCGUACUACCGGCCCAGUCCUUCCUCGUCCAGCUCCGACAGCAGCCCGUCGCGGUCCAGCCGCAGCCGCAGCUACAGCAGCUACAGCCGCAGCCGGAGCCGCAGUCACAACCGCAGCCAGAGCAGGAGCCGCAGCUGGAGUCGCAGCCGCAGCCGGAGCUGGAGCCGCAGCAGGAGCCACUCCCGCAGUCACCACAGUUACUACAGCCGCAGCAGCUACGACAGCCCCGGCUUCUGAGGGAAAACAAAAGCAAACAGAUAAGCAGCUCGAGUUGAACUGACUUUACUCCACACCGGUUACUCUAUACCUUUCACAAGCUCUCGACAGUGUCCACACGCCUGCUCAGUCCGAGACUCCCGAGUCCUUGACCUGCGACUAUUAUCCCUCUCUUACACAGAGCCGCGGAUCAAAGAGGAGAAGCUUAUUUAACAGAGCACAUUACUAUAAAUUAGGUGUCACUGUUCAUAUCGUCACACACCGUGUAUUAUCGGUUGUCAUACAUUGAAUUGGUGGAGCCCAAAGAACAAAUAUUGCUGUAUGUUAGCACGUCCUUUCCCUUCUGCCACAAAACAACCAAAAUGAAACUUCCUUCUUUAUCAAUAUACAGUAUAUAUACAUCUAUAUCCUAAAACUAGGAGCUGAGUAGAAGACAUAAAGAUGGCUUACUGUACUACUCCCCCCCCCCCACCCCUUCAUCAUGUACUCAUCUCCCCCAAAGACUUUCAUUUCACCGAAGCACACAGAUCAACAGUGGUGAGUACAAAAGAAAAGACAGCCAAUGAAUUGGAAGCAACGAAAAAAAAAGCAAAAGCAAAAGAAAAAAGGGGUCUUUUUUUAUGAUGAAAAUUGUACUGUAUAGGUUUGUCUGUAUAGAUAUAAGUUCCGGCUUUGUAAACUAUGCACUGUAUAUUCCAUAUAGUUUUGAGGAGGUUUUGUUUCGCAUGAUGCAUCAGCAGAGUCUUGCUGCUCGUAGGAGAGAAACUCUGGAAAUGAAGGUGUGUGCGCUCACAGUCCUGCAAACGAAAAACUUGUAUUAUGUACUUUUACUCUUUUUCCCUAUUUAAAUUAUUAUGUUUAUUCUGAUAAUCCUGUGUGUGUGUGUGCGUGAGUGUAUGUGCGUGCACACAUGUGUGCAUCUGUGUGUGUGUGUGUGUGUGUAUGUAUGUAGCCUGUACCUCAGGCUGCUGUACGGUACUGUACAGGAAAACUGUCUGCAAAAAUUCUCCAUGCACUCAUGUUGAAUUGACCACGGCUAUUUAUGAAUCUGUUGUAUUUAUUUGUUUUAUUUAUCAGGCUAUUUAUGAAUUAUUUAAUGUAUUUCUUAUUUUUUUGUUGUAAAGCAGCGGGGAUGUGCUUUGAGGAUGAGAUUGCUGCAGGUGUUUUACCAUGUUUCACACACACACACACACACAGUCUGUCUCUCAUUCACUUUAGCAAACAGCAGCAGCAGCAGCAGCAGCGUGUAGAUUUGCUGCAUCAUGUUUACGAUGCUCUGAUUUUUAGCCAGUGGAACUUGAGUCUUCAUCUGCCGUCAUUCCCACCACCACCACUGCCACUAUGGCACCCAUGACCUACUCUAAUGUUUUAUUUUAAAGCGAGCCACGUCCUCUAAUUAGCAGCGAGGUGUCAGUCUGAAGUAGAACUAAAAUAUCUCACGUCGUGUGUGGAGAGGAUGGUCCAUGAUCCCUCUCUACUGUAUGUUUCACCACCACUACACACUCUAACCCCUUUUAAAAAUGGGUCACACUGUGUUUCCCUUGGUUACCAGCUUGAAAAAUGAGGAUAUAUACAUAUAUAUAUAUAUAUAUAUAUAUAACCAUGUUGUGACCAAUAGUUUAGGGAAGUUAAAGUCCCCAGGACUUUUUUUCAAGGAACUAAAAGGUUUCUGUUUUAUUUGUGUUGCUACCUGCGUCCAAAGACCAGAUUAAGCAAAUAGCCUGAUGAUGUGAGCCACAACAAAAUGGUUUGAUUAAUACAAAACUGCGUCAUAGCAACACUUCAACGAUAGAAAACAUGGAGACUUAAAUUGUGCUGCUGCUAACCCUGCUGCAGGAAUAAAAACAAAACAAACAAAAAAAAAACUGAGCAUUUGUAACAAAGUGAAACAUGAAAUGCUGAACUUUAAUCGUAAUUAACAUUUUACUCGCCAGUGCUGGAGCAUAAUGGGGCAUUUCAUUUCUAAUGCUGCAAGCUCCACACAAAAUGUUCCAGAACUUUCAGAAAGUUGGGACUUUUUGGGGAUAAAGAUAUUUCCCCAGAAACUGAAUGUUGACACUGGUCCCUAUUGUCAGAUGUGCUGUGUUCCUGCUAAAGGUUCUUAAAUAUGGGGUAAAGGUCCUGUGGUCAAAAAUGCUGCUUCUGUAACAGCGACUCUAUAGCGCCCCCUCACUGUCUCCAGCUUCAGUGGUACGUUAAACAAACUGGCAAAACAAUCAGGGAUCACCCUCAGUCUUCCUUAACAUUCGCCCAGUCUCACGCAGUGUUUUAUUCCCAGUGUGAUUCCCUACAAGUGUAAUACUCUGCAAACCUGUUCAUUUAUUCCGAGUAUAACAUUAGACCUUUGGUUCUACACGUCUUUCUUUGUAAUGUUCAAGUUACUCGACCUGACAAUAAACACAAACACAUGGGGAAACAAAA